CCUGAGAACCUAUUGCUGGCCAGUAAGAUGAAGGGAGCAGCGGUGAAGCUGGCAGACUUUGGCCUGGCCAUCGAGGUGCAGGGAGACCAACAGGCAUGGUUCGGUAAGACCACACAUACACACUCUUAUGGGAAAUAUGUCAUAAAAACAAACACUGAGUGCACCAAACAUUAUGAACUCUAUCCAUGACAUAGACUGACCAGGUAAAUCCAGGUGAAAGCUAUGAUCCCUUAUUGAUGUCACUUUUUUAAUCCAAUUCAAUCAGUGUAGAUGUAGGGGAGGAGACAGGUUAAAGAAGGAUUUUUAAACCUUGAGACAAUUGAGACAUGGAUUGUGUAUGUGUGCCAUUUAGAGGGUGAAUGGGCAAGACAGAAGAUUUAAGUGCCUUUGAAUGGGGUGUGGUAGUAGGUGCCAGGCCCACCGGUUUGUGUCAAGAACUGCUGCUGGGUUUUUCACGCUCAACAGUUUCCCAUGUGUAUCAAGAAUGGACAACCAGCCAACGGGGUGGGUGGGUGGGGGGGGGGGUGCAACUCAAUAUUAGUAAGAUGUUGUUCAUGUUUUGUACACUUUGUGUAUAUUUGGGUAACCAUCUGUUUUUGUUUUUUUCUGCCUGGCAGGUUUCGCAGGCACCCCUGGCUACCUUUCCCCUGAGGUCCUGAGGAAGGACCCCUAUGGCAAGCCUGUGGACAUAUGGGCCUGUGGUGAGCCUUUAACCUUUAACCUCUAACUGUAGGUGAAGAACAAAUAGAUGGGUUGGCUGACAACGUCACGAAAAUGAUAUGCGCGCGCAUCGAUGAACAGUCCGAUCAUGUAGCUAGCAACAAUGACAAGAAGCUGCCAUGUGGGGAAUCGUAGGUGGCUCGUUUCAGCUAGUUUUAUCUUGUUAUUGAUACCAUGUCUUGUUUUUAGGUGUUCUGACUGAAUUAAUGUCAAUACUAAUAUGGCUAAAAUUAGCAAGCUAGAUAACCAACAACUGUAACGAUGUAUUUGAGACAAGUGCUCAUUGUGCAACUGUAUGUUUUCAAUAAACAUUUGGAGACUAAAUAUAGGUUACAUAUUGUCAACAGUCUAAGCCAACCCUGUCUGUUUUGCCCCACAGUUACGCACACCUCUGUUUGGUUGCUAAACAACCAACCCGGCUAUAGCAAUCUAAAGAUGGGCUAUGGUGCAGAGAUCAUUUACAGAAAAUCUAACCAAUUUAAACGCUCUCUCUUUUUCUGUCUUUCUCUUGGUCUCUCUCUCUCUCUCUCUCUCUCUCUCUAGGUGUUAUUCUGUAUAUCUUGUUGGUUGGCUAUCCUCCAUUCUGGGAUGAAGACCAACACAAACUCUACCAGCAGAUCAAGGCUGGGGCCUAUGAUGUGAGUCUGUGUGUGUUUGCUUGUGUGUGUGUGUAGGGUGAAGUUUAGAGGUUGGCUGGUGAAUUUUUAAUAGUGUCCGAUUGAGAGCUGCACCCCAGCUAUUGAUCCUAUCAGCCUCCUGACGCAUUGCAGAGGGGUGUGUGCUUGUGUGUAAGGGGGUAUCCUCUCCUUGUCUCUAGUAUUCAGGUUACACAGUUAAUGAAGACUGGUACUGAGAUUUAACAUGGCAGACAUUCAUACACACACACACACACACACACACAAUCUGUGUUUGUUCAUUUUCAUGAGUCUAUUAUCAUUCUGAGUUGUAGGAAGACUUAUUGUUUACAUGAUAUGAAACAUGGUGAAGUACAUUUGUGUUACGUACAUAAUGCAAAUGAUGGUCUCUGUAUUUAUGUCCCUCUCUCCAUAUAUAAACUCAGCAAAAAAAGAAACGUCCCUCACUGUCAACUGCGUUUAUUUUCAGCAAACUUAACAUGUGUAAAUAUUUGUAUGAACAUAACGAGAUUCAACAACUGAGACAUAAACUGAACAAGUUCCACAGACAUGUGACUAACAGAAAUUGAAUAAUGUGUCCCUGAACAAAGGGGGGGGUCAAAAUCAAAAGUAACAGUCAACAUCUGGUGUGGCCACCAGCUGCAUUAAGUACUGCAGUGCAUCUCCUCCUCAUGGACUGCACCAGAUUUGACAGUUCUUGCUGUGAGAUGUUACCCCACUCUUCCACCAAGGCACCUGCAAGUUCCUGGACAUUUCUGGGUGGGAAUGGCCCUAGCCCUCACCCUCCGAUCCAACAGGUCCGAGACGUGCUCAAUGGAAUUGAGAUCCGGGCUCUUCGCUGGCCAUGGCAGAACACUGACAUUCCUGUCUUGCAGGAAAUCACGCACAGAACGAGCAGUAUGGCAUGUGGCAUUUCAUGCUGGAGGGUCAUGUCAGGAUGAGCCUGCAGGAAGGGUACCACAUGAGGGAGGAGGAUGUCUUCCCUGUAACGCACAGCGUUGAGAUUGCCUGCAAUGACAACAAGCUCAGUCUGAUGAUGCUGUGACACACUGCCCCAGACCAUGACGGACCCUCCACCUCCAAAUCGAUCCCGCUCCAGAGUACAGGCCUCGGUGUAACGCUCAUUCCUUCAACGAUAAACGCGAAUCCGACCAUCACCCCUGGUGAGACAAAACCGCAACUCGUCAGUGAAGAGCACUCUUUGCCAGUCAUGUCUGGUCCAGUGACGGUGGGUUUGUGCCCAUAGGUGACGUUGUUGCCGGUGAUGUCUGGUGAGGACCUGCCUUACAACAGGCCUGCAAGCCCUCAGUCCAGCCUCUCUCAGCCUAUUGUGGACAGUCUGAGCACUGAUGGAGGCAUUGUGCGUUCCUGGUGUAACUCGGGCAGUUGUUGUUGCCAUCCUGUACCUGUCCCGCAGGUGUGAUGUUCGGAUGUACCAAUCCUGUGCAGGUGUUGUUACACGUGGUCUGCCACUGCGAGGACGAUCAGCCGUCCGUCCUGUCUCCCUGUAGCGCUGUCUUAGGCGUCUCACAGUACGGACAUUGCAAUUUAUUGCCCUGGCCACAUCUGCAGUCCUCAUGCCUCCUUGCAGCAUGCCUAAGGCACGUUCACGCAGAUGAGUAGGGACCCUGGGCAUCUUUCUUUUGGUGUUUUUCCAGAGUCAGUAGAAAGGCCUCUUUAGUGUCCUAAAUUAUCGUAACUGUGACCUUAAUUGCCUACUGUCUGUAAGCUGUUAGUGUCUUAACGACCGUUCCACAGGUGUAUGUUCAUUAAUUGUUUAUGGUUCAUUGAACAAGCAUGGGAAACAGUGUUUAAACCCUUUACAAUGAAGAUCUGUGAAGUUAUUUGGAUUUUUACUAAUUAUCUUUGAAAGACCGGGUCCUGAAAAAAAAACCGUUUCUUUUUUUGCUGAGUUUAUAUAUCUCGCUCUCUCUCUAGUUUCCCUCUCCAGAAUGGGACACUGUUACUCCAGAGGCUAAGAACCUGAUUAACCAGAUGUUGACUAUUAACCCUUCCAAGAGAAUCACUGCUGAUCAGGCUCUCAAACACCCAUGGAUCUGCGUAAGUACACAUACACCUGUAUAUACACACACAGGCACACAAAAUCACACAAACCACACAUACUGCUUUGUAUAUUGUGUAUAGGGUUGCAAAGGGUGGGUUUAUUACUGUUUAACUUUUAUAGUUAACCUGUAGUACCAGAAUUGUUUUAACUUUCAAGGAUUUUAUGGAAUUUUAUCACCACAUGUAGUGGCCUUUUUGGGUACUUCAGAUUAUCACAGAUUAGCGCUCUGUGUGGCCUUAUCACAUUUAAAAUAUAUAAAAUAAUCAAAUAAGAUGAUUUAAAAAGAAGUAAAACAUUAUCGUAAAUAUAAACCAUCAACCUAGUGAGUACCAUUGGUGUUUAAUUUGAAGUUUCCGGCAUUAAAUAUCCUUUAUACACUGCUCAAAAAAAUUAAGGGAACACUAAAAUAAUACGUCCUAGAUCUGAAUGAAUGAAAUAAUCUUAUUAAAUACUUUUUUCUUUACAUAGUUGAAUGUGCUGACAACAAAAUCACACAAAAAUUAUCAAUGGAAGUCAAAUGUAUCAACCCAUGGAGGUCUGGAUUUGGAGUCACACUCAAAAUUAAAGUGGAAAACCACACUACAGGCUGAUCCAACUUUGAUGUAAUGUCCUUAAAACAAGUCAAAAUGAGUCUCAGUAGUGUGUGUGGCCUCCACGUGCCUGUAUGACCUCCCUACAACGCCUGGGCAUGCUCCUGAUGAGGUGGCGGAUGGUCUCCUGAGGGAUCUCCUCCCAGACCUGGACUAAAGCAUCCGCCAACUCCUGGACAGUCUGUGGUGCAACGAGACAUGAUGUGCUCAAUUGGAUUCAGGUCUGGGGAACGCGCAGGCCAGUCCAUAGCAUCAAUGCCUUCCUCUUGCAGGAACUGCUGACACACUCCAGCCACAUAAUAAUAUAAUAAUAAUAAUAAUAAUAUGAGGUCUAGCAUUGUCUUGCAUUAGGAGGAACCCAGGGCCAACCGCACCAGCAUAUGGUCUCACAAGGGGUCUGAGGAUCUCAUCUCGGUACCUAAUGGCAGUCGGGCUACCUCUGGCGAGCACAUGGAGGGCUGUGCGGCCCCCCAAAGAAAUGCCACCCCACACCAUGACUGACCCACCGCCAAACCGGUCAUGCUGGAGGAUGUUGCAGGCAGCAGAACGUUCUCCACGGCGUCUCCAGACUCUGUCACGUGCUCAGUGUGAACCUGCUUUCAUCUGUGAAGAGCACAGGGCGCCAGUGGCGAAUUUGCCAAUCUUGGUGUUCUCUGGCAAAUGCCAAACGUCCUGCACGGUGUUGGGCUGUAAGCACAACCCCCACCUGUGGACGUCGGGCCCUCAUACCACCCUCAUGGAGUCUGUUUCUGACCGUUUGAGCAGACACAUGCACAUUUGUGGCCUGCUGGAGGUCAUUUUGCAGGGCUCUGGCAGUCCUCCUCCUUGCACAAAGGUGGAGGUAGCGGUCCUGCUGCUGGUUGUUGCCCUCCUACGACCUCCUCCACGUCUCCUGAUGUACUGGCCUGUCUCCUGGUAGCGCCUCCAUGCUCUGGACACUACGCUGACAGACACAGCAAACCUUCUUCCACAGCUCGCAUUGAUGUGCCAUCCUGGAUGAGCUGCACUACCUGAGCCACUUGUGUGGGUUGUAGACUCCGUCUCAUGCUACCACUAGUGUGAAAGCACCGCCAGCAUUCAAAAGUGACCAAAACAUCAGCCAGGAAGCAUAGGAACUGAGAAGUGGUCUGUGGUCACCACCUGCAGAACCACUCCUUUAUUGGGGGUGUCUUGCUAAUUGCCUAUAAUUUCCACCUGUUGUCUAUUCCAUUUGCACAACAGCAUGUGAAAUUUAUUGUCAAUCAGUGUUGCUUUCUAAGUGGACAGUUUGAUUUCACAGAAGUGUGAUUGACUUGGAGUUACAUUGUGUUUAAGUGUUCCCUUUAUUUUUUUGAGCAGUGUAUUUGUUUUACACACUUAGUACAAUAAAUAUGUAAAUAUGUCUUUGUUGUACAUGUUUUGGUGCCAAACUGGUGGCAGUUUUGAAAAAAGUCAAUAGUUGGAAGAGUUGCGGAGUUAAUUGAAAAUAAUGCAAUUUUUGAUUAGAUGAUUUAGGCUAUUUUCUCUUGAACCAUAUGGCCUAUUAGAUAACCAUGGACAAUAUGGACACAGAUAUAAAAACGUAAUAUUAUAUAUGAAUACAUUUUUCAUAAAUAUUCCACUAUACAUUUCCCAAAUUGCCAUAGAUGAUUAUAAAUUCCGGUAACUUUGGUAAAUUACCGGUAGUUUUGCAACCCUAAUUGUGUAAUACUUCUCUCUCCCCUCCUAUAGCAACGUUCCACCGUGGCGUCUAUGAUCCACAGACAGGAGACAGUGGAAUGUCUGCGCAAGUUCAACGCUCGGAGGAAGCUCAAGGUACACUACUGCUACUACCACUACCCCCACACCUUACAUCGCUCCUCCUCUUCUUCUCUACCCCUACACCUCACCUUCUCCUCUACCCCUACACCUCACCUUCUCCUCUACCCCUACACCUCACCUUCUCCUCUACCCCUACACCUCACCUUCUCCUCUACCCCUACAUCUCACCUUCUCCUCUACCCCUACACCUCACCUUCUCCUCUACCCCUACACCUCACCUUCUCCUCUACCCCUACACCUCACCACCUCCUCUACCCCUACACCUCACCUUCUCCUCUACCCCUACACCUCACCUUCUCCUCUACCCCUACACCUCACCACCUCCUCUACCCCUACACCUCACCACCUCCUCUACCCCUACACCUCACCACCUCCUCUACCCCUACACCUCACCUUCUCCUCUGGCUCACUCUACACCUCUUCUCUAUACCUCCUUUUCUCAUCUUUCUCUAUUCCUUCUUUAUUUACACUCAUCCUUCUGCUCCCUAUAAACCUCUCCUCCUAGACCACAUCCUUCUCUCUCCUUUUCUCCUCAUUACCCCCCCCCUUUUAACUCCCCUUUUCCUAUCAUCUGUCUUUAUUACUCAUCUCUCCUUUCUCUCUCUCUGUCUUUCCUUUCCUAGGGAGCGAUCCUCACCACCAUGCUGGUGUCCAGAACCUUCUCAGGUGGGUGUGUUUCCUCCCUCGCUCCAGUUACAGAGUGAGGGGGGAGGACAGAUGGAGCUCUACUCCCUCCUUCCCUCUACUCCUCGGUGGAGUCCACCUAAUGUAGGUUUUUAGGCCAAGUGUGUGUGUGAGUACUCAACGAAGUGUGUGUUCAGGACACAUGUUCUGAAGGAGAGGAGUAGGUGAAAGGAGCUCCUCUGCAAGUUCUGACCAGAUGUCAUAAGGUGUCAGUACAAGGAGGUGCUAGAAGGAGGUCAUUGAUUCUAGAAUUUCAGAAUGUAGUAUUUCCAGCAUUACUGUGUUUUUAGAUUCUGUGUGUUCUAUAUCUAUGUCUCUAACGCCCCUCUCCCUCCCCUUGCCGGCUCUAGAGUGGGUGUGUGCGUGACAGAGCCUUAGAGGUUGUGUAAGGUUCACUCAGGAUUGCUGUAGUGUGGUGGAUGUCUGUGUGGUGUGACAAAGGGCACUAUUUAAGGCUCUACUUUCACUCUUCUGCUACUUAAGAUGAUUAGGGAAGAAGUAGGGAUGUAAGGAUUCACCAAUAGGCAUCGGUUACCGAUUCUAAUGUUUAACAUAGGACUGCAUCGGUCCACGGAUCCCAAACCGAUCCAAAUGUAUCAUGCAUCAGGCAGAAAAUCGAUUCAAGCGUUACGCGUUUUUUGCUCAUAUUAGUUUCUUUCUACAACUGAUGCAUCCUCUCCUUCAGUGUCGAACUAAGCAUGUAAUUGCGUUGACAGUCAUUGAUCUACAAGUCAUUUUGCAUGCCGAACAAGCACAGGCAAUAUCAGUAGCCUAGUCAAACUGUGCACUGUGCCCAGCUUCGCACGGUAGGCGGCCUGUUCCUGAUCUUGCACAUUUGCGCGGCACCCAAAGCAUUCAAAUGCUAAAAUGGCUUGCGUGAUAUUAGGCUUUAUUAGUUAAGUGACAACCUAUGUAAUUUGCUAGCUUAUUGUUAUCUAUGCGCUGUUAAAAAAAUAUGUUUUACCGGAAUAAAAGUAAGCUACCUGAGACACAACUCUCAUCUGCUGAAUGGGGCUUACAAUAUAUUUUAUUUUGAUUGUUCAGGUUCAUCAGUAAUAGUUUUGGUAGUUUUGCUUUAAACAAUCAGUGUGUAUGGUCAUUUUUAGAUAUACAGGGUGAAGUUGAUAAUUUCAUAACGAAGACAGCAAUCACUUUGCGAGGCACCGCAUGGCGAAAGCGGGAGGAGAAAAGAAGCUCACUAAAAACGUCGUCCAAAUGGUCAAAACCAUUAGAUUUUGAGAUGAGGGUGGAAUCCAAAGUUGUGCUAUAUAUUAAUUGGCGAUCUCAUAGCUAAUUUGUAAAUGAUAAAUAUUGAUACAUUACUAGCUCAAAAACAUAAUCUGCAAAUAAGUUAAUUAGUGGGUGAUGGUGAUUUCAGAACCAAAGUGGGGGGACACAAAACAUUGGCUACAUUGCCCCCCCCCCCUUAAUCUGAUAGUGGGGUGGUAGAUGCCUAGUCUUAUGGCUCAUAUCUCAGGUGCCUACAUAUACAUACACCAUAGACAUGCAUCAUUUGCACACGCACACAGACAGAGAAGUCCGCUCAGACAGAUCCAGGUCAGAGAGGCCAAAGUUCAGGAGAUCCAUCCGCAGCAGAUUUUAAUUUAGAAUGGAAAAUGAAUGUGUUUAUGCAACAAAUGUUAGUGCAUCGAACCUAAUCGCCUCGAUUUGCUCUCUAAUCAAAUCUGAUUGUUUCAAACUAAAACGUAUUGGAGCACAUGUAUCUAGAUGUGUGUCGGAUCGUCUUGAAAUGGAAAGAUGCACAUCCCUAGGGUGAAGACCUGGCCUUAAAGGAAAAGGAUAUUUGCGUCCUAAAUGGCAUCCUACUCCUCGUAUAGUGCACUACUUUUGGCUACUAUAUGGACAAUAGGGUGUCAUUUGAGAUUGGUCACUGUAUUGGGUUAGGCCAGCCUAGAUUUGAAUAGCUCCUCCCAACCUGAGUAUUUCUGUCCAAUAGUGGGCCGGCAGCAUACCAACCCUGCUGCUGUGUCCUCCGCCGCCUCGCUGGCGCAGGAAGGUACGUCACAGAGACACGCCCUCUUACUUCCUCUACACACACUUCAUGCUUCCUGUCUAAGCCCCUCCCACUUCAUUCUAUAAGGGAGCACCAUGUAUUUUUUUACUUCUAAAGAGGAUCACCAGGUUAUCUGGCCCCUUUCUUUCUUGAAUGCAGCUCACACUAGCCUCAAACACACACACACGCACACACUCACGUGAGACCAUAUGGAUGUUUUUAAGGAUGACGCUAAUACCAUGGACACAGGCUAAACACAUCUAAAACUACACAUACUCUGUCAACAAUACCACUCAGCCUCAUAUCAACAUCAGAAAUCAUCAAAUGUAUUAGCCUUACCAUAUCAACUCCCCCUCCCCACCCUCCUCCUUUGGUUACGGCCAUGAGAGGGGGUUGGGGGGGAGGGAUGGGGGGGGGGGGGGGGGGGCGUGUAUCUGUGGCGACUGACUGACUGGGGGAUGGACAGGAGCAGGGGAGGCAUGCUGCCAUCGUCUGACCUGGGUAAAGAGGGGGGAGAGUGGGUGGACUAAGGUCAGCGAUCCCAUGCGGACUUGGAAACAGUAUAAUGUUUCUGAAAGGCUCUGGAAUGGUUGGAUAGGUGCAAGCAAUAUAGCGAAUUCCACCCAGCCUAUCAUAGGGCAAAGUGGAGCUACUACCAUAUUAUUUACACCUAUCAAAUCCUUUCAGAUCUACACAAGUGUCUCUAGGAUGUAGGGUAAUAGUAGUGUUGAACCAAUAAGAAAGGGGCAGGAGUUGGUGUCUCCCCUGAGUGUGUGAUUGGUGCUCUGUGGUUCUGCAUGAGGAUGAUUGACAUUGCUGUAUGCUAGAACCCUCCAAUCACAGGGCUCUCCUCUGAGAGUGGACCAAUCGCCUGCCAGUAAGUCCUGAAGACUGAUGACAUCAUCGCCCUAUGAAAGGCAUCUGCAGCUUAGCCUCCCCGCGAUGUCACUGCUUGCCCCUCCCUUCCACUGUGUAUGGCUGAGGCGGACUUUGCUCUCUGCUUAUGACGCUCUGUCUUACCCAAUCACAUCGUCACACUGUAGCCCAGACAAAUUACAGUCAAUACAAGAUGUCAAGUGUGAACAAUGUGGCUGUGUUGCCUUGCUGCAUGUGGACUUGUAUUCCCUAUACAAUCCGUUUCCCUUCCCAUCUCCCUGAAGUGUGCACUUGUUCACUUUCCCUCCCAGAUGUAAAAGGAUUGGACUGGUAUGAGUGCACACUUGGACACUUACAAGUUACUUCCUCCCUUCCUGUCUUCCUUGAAAUAGCCACUAAUCUGAGGUGACUGGACAGUUGAAAGGGAAGAUGUUAUUAGACAAUGGCCACGUUCUAGGCUAACUGCAUUGCAAAUGCCUGCCUGCCAUAUCUCAGGUGUUUAUCAUGUCAGCUAAUCUGAUGCUGGACUGUGAGGAUGUGGCAUGCAGCCAUUGGUUGAUGCAAUGCAACAUUGCAAUGUAGUCGGCUUGGGGCGCGACCAAUAUGUCCGAUUGCGACUAUGUUGAGGAAGUUAGGGGAGGAUGCAUUUUGAAGAUGUUGGACUGGGGACCAUGCUUGCCCGCCCUGUGGGUAGCUGGGUAGAAGACGUGGCAGGUGUCAAAGGUUAAUCAAUCAAGGCCCAGCUCUGUUCUGCUGUUUGCUGAAUGGAAGCUAUGCACCUUGGGAACUGUAGUUGAUGUGGAUGCUGCAUGGCUGGUCCGCUGUGUGUUCCAGCCGUUCCUCUGCAUGAUGUAAAGUGCAUGGCAUGGAACAGCUCUGAUCAAGGCUGCAACCCCAAGUUCGGAGCAGCUCAGUCUGCUCCACCCGCCGCUCCGCUAGGGAGCAGCACUGUCCCUGUCAAUACCGCCACACAGCACAGUAAGAACACACACACACCAGCAGUGCACAAACCACCACUGACAACUGAUGCCAGCUGCCUAAAACAUCUGCCUCCCUCCCUCCCUCCCUCCUUCUUUCUCACUGAUAAUGCUCCACUGAGACUUCUCUUUCCAUCUCUUUUCUUCCUCCUCUCUCCUACUUGUUAACGGAAGGUAAGGAACCCCAAGAGAAUGCAUUCAUCUCAGAAUUGUGUGUGUGCCAGUAAUACUUUUAAAAGCAGUAGUGACAGCAGCAAAGUGAAGAGCUUUAGAUGAGACCAGAGUGAGAGGACUGACUGACUGGAGCCUCCUAAAAGAAAUCAAUAGUUUACAUUAACCUGACUUAUCAUCCGCCUGUCUCUUCUCUUCCAUUCCCCCUGAAGUGUGCACUUGUUCACUCCCCUUUGUGGAAUAGAAUGUCUCUGGUGUCAGGAAUAUGGUGGAAAACGCCUUUAGUCCAUAUUUACACCAAUCCAAUGCUUUUAAAUCCAUGAAAAUGUAGUUAUUAAGUACACACUGCCGGCAGAAGGUGUAGAGAAUCAGACUGCAGUCUAGGAGUGGUUGUUGCUUGACUGGUGUGUUGCAUAAUGUGGGGACCAGGUUGAAUGAAUGUGAGUGAAGUGACUGGAGAGAUGUUUGAAGUCCAGUGCAACUCUAUUCUUAUGCUUUAUUCCCCUCUCUUUACAGCAUGCAAAAGUUUACUUAACAAGAAUGCGGAUGCUGCUAAGGUAAUGGGUUAAAUCUGAUGUCAUGUAGCUGUCACACUCUCUCCCUCUUCCUCUCUACCCCCCUCUCUCUCUCUUUGGCUCACAUGGGUAGUGAAGAGAUUAUUUUAUUUGAUUACUUGAUUUAGUGGAGAAUUAAAGGCUGUUGUAUUUAUAAGAGAAAUUAAGAUAUUACUCUCUUCAGUUAGUUAAUUUUGUUGUGUGUCUCAGCCCACGACCAACAACAACAGUAAGAACAGCAUCGUGAGCGCCAUCAAUGCCAUGAAGGACAACAGCAUGGCUGCCUCACAGAUGGUACAGAAACUUAACCUCCUCUCGUCCCCCUUUCCCCUCCUCCUGGUCUCCUCGCCUCCCUCCAUUACCCUCAUCGUGUCUCCCUUCCUAGAACCCUAACUCGCCCCCUAACCUCCAUUCUCUUCCUAGUGGUCUUUUGUCUGUGUGUGCUGGAGUCUAAGAUUGUUUCAUGUUUGACCCUUCACAAACCUCUAACCCCUUCCCACACCAGCCUACAUCUUAAUAUCAACUCAAACCCUAACCCCCAGGCACUUGUACAGACCUGUGUGUGUAACCAGACCUUUUUCAUUAACUCUAUGCUCCCCUUCUACCAGGAAUCUCAAAAUACAGUGGUUGCUGCUGAUGGGAUCAAGGUAAGGGUGUUUGUGUGCAGAGGUGGUGAGUCUUAAUCAUAUGUUGUUAAUUUAUGUGUUGUUAAUCUCUCGCUCUCUCUCUCUAGGGUUCUACAGAGAGUUGCAACACAAAUGAGGAUGAGGAUAUGAAAGGUAGGGAAAUUACUCAAUCUUUGUCUCUUCCCCGCUUGGCUGCUCUUCUCUCUCCUUUUGCUUUGUUCUCUCUCUGUGAUCUAACCAUAUAGAUUCUGAUAGGGAUGAUCUGCCUGUGCUCGAUAGUUAGCAGUUUGCUAAGGUUUGUGUGUGUGACUCACCCGUGUAUGUGUGUGUGUACGUGCGUGCCUAUGUGUUUGUGUGUGCCUGUGUCCAUGUGUGUUCUUAUCUAGCGGACAGCGUUGUGAUGAUGAGUCAGGGCAGUGCUACAGAGGAGAUGCCCUCCCUACUGACAUCGUCUGACAACUCGCCUGCCAGUAAGUGUUUUCACGGCAACCACAACCUUUCGGGGUCGUCCCUGGCAAAGACCCCACACUUCCUGACCCCUGACCUUUGUGCCUCUUUUCCACUGUGCAUCUCCGACCUGUGUGUGUAUGUCUAGCCCUCUUUUUUUCCUAGCAUCCAACAUUGGGAACAUCUCCUCUAUACCCUUUUUUCUUGCUGAAUCCCAAACCAGUCCCUUCCCCUUACUUUCGCCCCUCUGCCCUCCAUUUGCAAGUUCAUACUUGCCUCCACCACAUGCACAAGUGCCCCAAAGCUGAGCAGUGUUUCCACUAUAGACAUUUAGCAAAAAAAAAUCUGCCAAGACACGCUUUUAAGAUGAGUGACAAGUUGCUACAAGUUCCAAAUCUUCCUCAGAUUCUCACCAGAUUGUCAGAGAAACCUCCAUGGUAACUAGCUAGCUAGCUUGUGAUCCUGGAAGGGUAGCCAACCCUAUUAAGAGAUGUAUGUAAAUUAGUGGAGGGGGUGGGGGAAUCAAUACAGUUACAUGUUGCAAUAUUACUUUUGGACGAUAUAGCUUGUUUUCUUUUUUUAAUAGUGAGCCAACAUAUUUCAGCACUUUUAUUUCCCUGACUGAUCAAAAGUCGUUUUCUCAUGCUUUCUCUUAUCUCUCUGCAGCAGACAUGUAGUGAGCAAUAUGUUUGGAACAUCAAAUCGCAAAAUAAAAUAGCAGUAUCAAAUCGCUAUACAAAUCAUAUUGGCACCUAAGUAUCUUGAUAAUAUUGUAUCGUGAGGUCCCUGGCAAUUCCCAGCCCUAAUGAUUAGCUAAGAUACAUUAACGUUACGCUAGCAAAAUUAUUUGGGGAGUUGAGAUGGGAUCGGCUGGUGAUGUCAUUGAGAUGAACAGAUAAAAUGUAACUCCUCGAUUUUCAGAUGAGUUUCAAAGAAGGAUAACAAUUACAUUUAUGCAUUUUGGAGUAGAUUUUCCUUUUGAAAAAAGUCGGCAGAAGUAACCUUCAGUCGUGCAACAAACAACAAAAAACAUACUGCCCCAGGAAGACCCCCACCCCCACCACCUCUACGUCUACCACUGCUGCUGAAAAAGAUCCUUGCUCUGCUCAGGGAGUGAAAAUUAUAGAGGAUUUAGGGGCUAAUUGGACGCUUAAGAUAGACACUUCGAUUUCAUACAAAAGAAUGGAGGUGUGCCUAAUUAUAUGUCCCUUGCAUUCGUUUGUCUGAUUUCAAGGCUUGCCACGUGACAAAAUGUAAUACCUCCCAAAUGUAAAUAUUUCACUGUUACUGAAGUUUAUAUAUUAUAAAACAACAAGGGGAAUUUGUAUUUUUUUUAAAUUAAUGCUUGUUUUAUUAUUUAAGUGUAAAACAUGAAUUGCAUCAUUUAAUUAAUGAGUGUGUCCCGAAGUUGAUGGCUUUAUUUGAUUUUUCACCACUCUGAAAGUCACCCUCCUGAGUUUUGUCAAACACGUGACAACCGGAGGGCCCUCAGAGCGAGUUGGUUGGGCCGAGGGGUUGGUUUGGUAUUCAUAGUCUCUCUUUAUCCAUCUUCACUGCGUCCUGAGAAACGGGAUAAGAGUGCCCCCCACUCCUUUUCCUACAGUUGUGUGUCUCUCUCCAUCAGGGGAUGGUGAAGGAGAAGAGUCUCCUACUCUUAUUCCUCUCUCUUCCUCUUCCUGUGUUCUAGUGUUAUCCUUCCCUCUCUUCCUCUUCCUGUGUUCUAGUGUUAUCCUUCUCUCUCUUCCUCUUCCGGUGUUCUAGUGUUAUCCUUCUCUCUCUUCCUCUUCCGGUGUUCUAGUGUUAUCCUUCUCUCUCGUCCUCUUCCUCCCUCACAGAGUUGACCUGCUCUCUUUUUUUCUUUUCUUUUUUCUCUCAAAACGCUGCUCUCCUAUUGGCCAGUGCUCAUACAGGCUCUCUACAUUUCAUAGAGAGAAGCGUGUUUCUGCACUGUGGUAGAAUAUAAUAGAGUAAAGUAGAGCAGGGAAUGAAGGGACAUGUAGUUUAAUAUCAUGAUCUAGUCAGUACAUUUCUUCCCCAUCAGCUGAGCUUCUCAUAGCCCCUCCAUCCCCCCCACCCCCCAAACGGUCUGUCUGUUUCAAUAUCUUAACGAACUAACAUCCAUCAUUACUGUUCCUUCAUGUUGUGUGUGUGUAUAAGUGGUAUGCAUGUGUCUAACUGCAUGUGUAUGUGUGUGUGUGCGGCAUGUGUGCACGUGUCUGUGUGUGUUGACCAUGCGUUGUGUGUUCCAGCUGUUCCUCUGCAUGAUGUAAAGUGCAUGGCGUGGAACAGCUCUGAUCAAGGCUCCAACCCCGAGUCGGGGCAUGCUCAGUCUGCUCCCCCUGCCGCUCUGCUAGGGAGCAACACUGUCCCUGUCACAGUCAAUACCACCACACAGCACAGUAAGAACACACAGAGAGCGAGAGAGACACCGUUACAUACACUCACACAAGGGAGAUGUGCACACCACAUAGUAACACACACUUCAGACACACUUCAACACACACACUUCAGUGUAAGAGAACAGACACACAAACUCAUGACAGAGUUGGAGCACACACUAGUAUGGAGUUGUCCAUUGUUAGCUGUCAGAGAGAGAAAGGAGAGUGGUAGAGAGAGUGUGAAGACAGAGAAAAAGAGCGAGGGGAGACAGUACAGCUAUAGUGGAGGGUGAGUAGUAAAGUAGCUCCUAUUUAGCUAGACUGCAGAAUUUCCAUCUCUUUUUUCUUUCUCUCUCCCUCUAUUGUUCUUUCUCUCUCUCUCUCCCUCUAGCUCGUAAGCAGGAGAUCAUCAAGAUAACUGAACAGCUGAUUGAAGCCGUGAACAAUGGAGACUUUGAGGCCUACACGUGAGUACAACUACAUCGUUUCGCACGUAUAAUUACUGAAUUACUAUCAUUAGCCUAACAUUGUUUCUCUCUCUCUUUCUGUCUCUUUCUCUCUUGCUCGCUCUUCUCCUCCCCGCAUCAGGAGGAUAUGUGAUCCAGGUCUAACCUCCUUUGAGCCUGAAGCUCUGGGGAACCUGGUGGAGGGCAUGGACUUCCACAAGUUCUACUUUGAAAACCGUGAGUCUCUCACUUUCGUUCUGUCACAUACAGUACAAGUAUUCAGACCCCUUGACUUUUUCCACAUUUUGUUUACGUUACAGCCUUAUUCUAAAAUUGAUUAAAUUGUUUUUUUUCCCACAUCAAUCUACAUAAUGACAAAGCAAAAACAGGUUUUUAGAAAUGUUUGCAAAUGUAUUAAACAUAAAAAACAGAUACCUAAUUUACAUAAGUAUUCAGACCCUUUUGCUAUGAGACUCGAAAUUGAGCUCCAGUACAUCCUGUUUCCAUUGAUCAUCCUUGAGAUGUUUCUACAACUUGAUUGGCGUUCCACCUGUGGUAAAUUGAAUUGAUUGGACAUGAUUUGGAAAGGCACACACCUGUCUAUAUAAAGGUCCCAGAGUUGACAGUGCAUGUCAGAGCAAAAACCAAGCCGUGAGGUCGAAGGAAUUGUCCGUAGAGCUCCGAGACAGGAUUGUGUCGAGGCACAGAUCUGGUGAAGGGUACCAACAAAUUCUGCAGAAUUUAAGAUCCCCAAGAACAGUGGGCUACAUCAUUCUUAAAUGGAAGAAGUUUGGAACCACCAAGACUCUUCCUAGAACUGGCCGCCCGGCCAAACUGAGCAAUCGGGGGAGAAGGGCCUUGGUCAGGGAGGUGACCAAGAACCUGAUGGUCACUCUGACAGAGCUCUAGAGUUCCUCUGUGGAGAUGGUUGUCCUUCUGGAAGGUUAUCCCAACUCUGCAGCACUCCACCAAUCAGGCCUUUAUGGUAGAGUGGCCAGACAGUAAAAGGCACAUGACAGCCCGCUUGGAGUUUGCCAAACGGCACCUAAAGGACUUUCAGACAAUGAGAAACAAGAUUCUCUGGUCUGAUGAAACCAAGAUUGAACUCCUUGGCCUGAAUGCCAAGUGUCACGUCUGGAGGAAACCUGGCACCAUCCCUACGGUGAAGCAUGGUGGUGGCAGCAUCAUGCUGUGGUACAUAGAGUACAUAGAAAUCCUUGAUGAAAACCUGCUCCAGAGCGCUCAGGACCUUCCACUGGGGCGAAGGUUCACCUUCCAAAAGGACAACGACCCUAAGCAAACAGUCAAGACAACGCAGGAGUGGCUUUGGGACAAGUCUGAAUGUCCUUGAGUGGCCCAGCCAGAGCCCGGACUUGAAGCUGAUCGAACAUCUCUGGAGAGACCUGAAAAUAGCUGUGCAGCGACGCUCCCCAUCCAACCUGACAGAGCUUGAGAGGAUCUGCAGAGAAGAAUGGGAGAAACUUCCCAAAUACAGGUGUGCCAAGCUUGUAGUGUCAUACCCAAGAAGACUCUAGGCUGUAAUCACUGCCAAAUGUGCUUCAAGAAAGUGCUGAGUAAAGGGUCUGAAUACUUGUAUUUUGUAUUUUUAAUAAAUUAGAAAAAUAUUCUACAAACCUGUUUUGCUUUGUCAUUAUUGGUUAUUGUGUGAAGGUUGAUGAGGGGGAAAAAAACAAUAUAAUCAAUUUUAGGCUGUAACGUAACAAAAUGUGGAAAAAGUCCAGGGGUCUGAAUAAUUUGCGAAUGCACUGUACAUACAUACAUACGAGUUCAGCAGAAAGAUCCAAACAUGUUUUAUCUUUGUGUGUGUUCCUACAGUGCUGAGUAAGAACAGUAAGCCGGUCCACACCACCCUGCUGAACCCCCACGUUCACCUGAUUGGAGAGGAGGCUGCCUGCAUCGCCUACAUCCGCCUCACGCAAUUCGUCGACAGUCAGGGACGCCCCCGCUCCAGCCAAUCGGAAGAGACCAGGGUGUGGCAUCGCCGCGACAGCAAGUGGCUCAACGUCCACUUCCACUGCUCUGGGGCUCCGGCCGCACCGCUGCAGUGA